AUGGAGCAUCGCAAAGCGAUGAUUUCUACUAUAAGUAUGAUCGAAUCGAGUAACAAUAACCAUUCGCUUCAUCGACGUAAGAAAAGAACAGCUAAACGACAACAACUACUACCACCCUCAUUAUCAUCAAUACCAAAUAAUGAUCAACACAGUCCAUUAGUAUCACAUACUGGAAUGAAUUCUAAUCACGUCAAAACACAUCUAAAUGGACUGCAGAAAGAAAACACUUCCAUGAAACGACCGUUAGCAUGGACUAAAAAGUGGACGAAAUGGUUUUCACCAUGUGGAUCACAACGCGUAUCUCGCAGCGAUUCCAAUACGAUAACAACACUAACGCCAACAGUAGCAACAGUACCAGUCGAUAAACGUGCUCGAACCAAGUCCGAAAAUGAUCUAUCGAAGCGUGGCAGCAUCGAUCAGAAUGAAAAAAAAAAUUUACCAACAACUAAUUCAAGUUUUACUGUCAGUCAACCUUCAAACGAAAAUCCAUCAACCACAUCUUAUCAUCAUCAAUCGAACGAAAAAGUUAAUCACACUAAUACUGUUGUCUAUCGGCGUACUUCUCGUCGCUAUUCGAACAGCUUUUUCACAUCUGCACGCUACGGCGGACCUCGCACCUCGAUAGCCGUUAUACCAUCAACAACUCUUCAGAAUCUACAAUUGAAACAGCCACUUACUGAUCACACAUCUAGUAGUUUAAGUCGUUCAGUUGAUCGUAUCCACAACAAUAAAGCUUCUCGUCGAGAAUUACGCUAUGAAGAACAUGAUGAUUACAUUCCACCACUUCAUUCAAUUCAAUGUCAUCCAUCAAUAGAUCAUUAUGUAAAAAAUCUAAAUCAAUCAACUCAGUUUUCUUCAAAUCAGCGUCCAAGUCCGAUAGAAACCGAUCAAUUAUCAUCAACAGCUAAUCGUACAGUGUCAUCAAGACCAUAUUCAUCGAAUAUUCCUCUUUCGUACAGUCUUCAAAUGAUGCCGAAGUCUUCAUCGGAUAACACUAAUAAGAAGGGUCAUAAUGAUACUUAUGGUAAACUAUCUGACUGUCAUUCUCCAUUAUCUCCGUUGGAAAAUUCGGUAGUCAAAGCUCCACGCCGUAUCGAGUCUGCCUACAGUCAAUUUCCAAUCCCCGAACCUGUCUAUGCAAACACUCAAUCGCUCUAUGAUAAUAUUCUUUAUCCACAAUCUGCAACGAGAGUAUUGAGUACAGUGGGCGAACAGGACAAACGAUCAUGUGCGUCACAAACACAACUAACAUGGACAAUGGCAACGUUUUCUUCAUUUGUCGAUCUCGAAAAUCAAUCAGUGAUUAUUCCACAACCCGAUCCGAACACGUUGUAUUCUAUCGUACAACAUUUUCAACCACAACCACCACCAUCAGCGUCUUCGGACACGAUUGAACACUUGCGACGUAGAUCGCCUGAUUUACGAUACGCCGAUGACACAAAUCCUUCCAUACAUUAUCAACGUCCACGUAGUCCAGCUUCAAUGAAUUUAGUAAUGAUAGAGAAACGCGAUGGUUCAAAUCAAACUCAUUUGACUAUAGCACCAACACAAGAUAUCGAAGCCAAUAGCCACUUAUUCAUCCAUGAUCCAAGUCCAUCGCCAAACUCGUCAUCAUCGAUGGCGACAGGUCAACAGAAACAACAUCAUCACCAUCACCAUCAUCAUCACCGUAAACAUAAGUCACGUAGUAACGGACAUAUAUCCACGCGUGAUGUUGGUCUUCAAGUAAAUAUUCAAACAGUGAAAAAAAUCACGAUUGUUCCACAGAAAAGUGAUGAUUCAUCGUUAACAACCACAACUGCAUCAUCACCGUCGCUUCUGAAAACUCCUCGUGAAUUGAGAGAUGUGGAAACAAAUACGGAACCAACAUCAACAACAAAACGUGAUACGAGUACAUCCUAUGAAUCGAAUGUUCGUCUAGUAACGUCAUCGUCUCAGACAGUUGAUUCACCUACAUUGAGUAGUACGAGUCUUCAUACAAAAGCUGCUCAAACGCCAAAUAAAACACUACGUGAUCAAUCAAUUGAAACAAACAAUCGCGGUCUAUUCGUAUGUGAUCUUAGUUCAUUAUUAAAAAACAGUCCAGAUGAUGAAUCACCAUCCACAUCAACAUCGUUGAAUACGAAACGAAAAUCUUAG